AUGCUGGCGGCCGCGGUGCUGUGCGCCGCCGCGCUGGGCUGGGCUGCGGGGACUCGGCUGCUCAGCGGGCAGAGGGUGUGCCGGGGUGGAACACAGCAACCCUGCUACAAAAUUGUUUACUUCCACGACGCCUCUCGCAGGAUCGGCUACGAAGAAGCACAGCGAGCCUGCAGGGCCGAUGGGGGGCACCUGGUCAGCAUUGAAACAGAGGCUGAGCAAAGACUGAUUGAAAAAUUCAUUCAGAGCCUCUUAGCUUCUGAUGGAGACUUUUGGAUAGGGCUCAGGAGGAAAAAAGAGGAGGUGGACAAUAGCACAGAGUGUCAGAGCCUCUACUCCUGGUCGGAUGGCAGCGCUUCCAAGUUCCGGAACUGGUAUGCAGAUGAGCCAUCCUGUGGGAGUGAAAUCUGCGUGGUGAUGUACCACCAGCCAUCUGCCCCAGCAGGUGUUGGAGGUCCUUACAUGUUUCAGUGGAAUGAUGACAGAUGCAACAUGAGAAACAACUUCAUCUGCAAAUAUUCUCUAGAGAAGCCAACAAAUGCUCCAAGAGAGAAUUCUCCCAGGGAUGUUGCCACAGAGCCCUUGAGCCCAGUGUUCCCAGAGGAAGGCCGUCAGAAAGAUGCUAAUGGAACAGCUAUAGAAGCCAAAGGACCUGCUCAGAAUCUUGCCUACAUCCUUAUCCCCAGCAUUCCUCUGCUGAUUCUCCUGAUGGCCAUUACAGCCAUCUUCUGGUUCUGGCUUUUGGUGAAGAGGAGACAAGAGCCAACAGAUGCAAGCCCAAAGGAGGAGGAUGCAUGGCUGCCUAACCUCAGGAGGAACAGUCCCAAUCUGGACAUUUACAAAGUCAUCAAGAAGCAGUCAGAAGCAGAUCUGGCUGGGACCAGGCCUGACACUAAGAACUCUUCCUUCCGUGCCCAGGAAGACAAGGUGCUUGAGAGCCUCUCCAGGGAUUAUGAGGAUGCAGCAAUGAACACAUCCACAAGUGGCUUUGUGACAUUGGCCAGCACUGAAAGUGGCUUUGUGACCAAUGAUAUCUAUGAACCAUGUGGGAAUCACGCAGGGAGGAGCAAGGAAUCCACCUGGGUGGAGAAUGAGAUUUAUGGAUACUAAGGAAAUGGACCAAACCAAGAACCCAAACCAGGCUGGAAUGUGGGUGACCAAGUGACCACCAAUGCAAGUUGCCCUCCUCUUGUUUGAAUAAUGUGAUGUUUCUCCUGGUCUUGCACUGUCCCUGUAUCCUUCUCUCUCUCUUCUUCUGGAAGAACAUGGGGCUUUGAAAGUUCUGCAGAGCAGAAUGUCUGCAUUUUGCUUUGCAUCAACCCCCUUUGGCCCCAGGAAUGGCUUCAUACUCUCAACUCCUUUUCAUGCCCUGAAAAUCAAAGGACAAUCCAAGCUCCCUAUUUAUUUAACUGAUCUGCUCAUCCUCAAAGGUGUUAACAAGUCAAAACUCCAUCACUGGUCUGUGGUAGUUUUAGGGUGAUGGGACUU